UCAGCUUAUUAAAUUAAUUACUUUAGAAUAAUACAAUAUUCUUUCUGAUUGCUAUAGGAUUUCACUAAUUAUAAACUUGAAGAGGAUGUAAACCUUUAACUGUACAGUAGGGCGCAAAAUUUUCUGAUCUUUAUGACGAUUUGAUGUUUAAGUGGAAAGAAAUCCUUCAGGCUGGUGAAACAUUUAUCUUUGAAGGAUAGUGGACUUGACUUACUUUACAACGUGUUCUUUUUUACAAUAUCCAAUCUAAUUUAUGAUAAUUUUAGUUGGUUUGAAGAAAUUUUCUUUGCAGUUGAUACACGCAAUAUUACACAUGCGCUUUGAGCAACUAUAGGACGUCACCAACAGCAAUAAUGGAGGAAAUAUUAUUGAAGUUACUCGUAGCCGAUAACGCAACAAUACAACAGGGAACAACAGAGCUUAGAGAAGCUUUUAAAAAACCUGAGAGUACACCAGCAUUAUGUCAACUUAUUGUCACUUCAACAAAUUCUCAGAUACGACAGUACGCUGCUGUAUUACUCAGAAAACGCUAUGGAAAAGGAAAACACUGGUUAAAAUUACCGCAACAUAUACGUACUGAAUUUAAAUCAGUAAUUUUACAAGCAUUAGUAAAUGAGCAAGAAAAAUUUGUAAAGAAUGCAAUUGCACAAUUAAUUGGUGUAAUUGUAAAACAUGAAUUGCCUACUAAUGGAUGGCCAGAGGUGUUACAAUUUGUGCAACAGCUAGUUACUAGUGAAAAUUUAAAUGAUAAAGAGUUGGGAACCUAUACUUUGUCAAUUAUGACAGAAAUUGCACCUGAUGCGUAUCUUACUCAUGUUGGUUCUCUUGCAGUUCUUUUGGCACAAACAUUAAAUAGUUUACAAGAUUUGGGAAAUCCUGUAGCGUAUUAUGUUUUAAAAAUAAUGCAGAACCUUGUUCCUUUGGUUGAAGGUGAUCAAAUGAUGGUAAAUGCUUAUCAUCAAAUGAUGCCUCGAGUAAUGACUACAAUUCAAUCGCUUACCGCUACUAACGAAGAUAAAGCUAUCGAAUGUUUUGAGCUAUUAGAUGAACUGUGUGAGAAUGCAGUGUCUGUAAUAGCACCUCAUGUCAAACCUCUUGUCAGUAUGUGCCUUGCUAUUGCUAGUAAUAAAUCAUUAGAUGAUGCUCUUAGAGUUAAAGCAGUUAGCUUUAUCGGUUGGUUGGCUAGGACAAAAAAGAAAGCCAUAAUCAAACACAAACUUGUUGAACCCAUUAUAGAUCUCUUGUUCAAUCUUAUGUCUACGCGACCCGAGGAUGAUAAUUAUGAAAUUUAUUUUAGUGGUGAUAACGAAGAUAAUACACCUGUAACUUGUGCUACCCAAACUUUAGAUCUACUUGCACUUAAUUUACCGCCAGAGAAAUUAAUUCCUCAAUUGUUGCAUUACAUUGAACCUAGUCUUCAAGGUACAGAUGUAUAUGCAAAGAAAGCAUCAUAUUUAGCGAUGGCAGUGUUAGCAGAGGGUUGUUCAGAAUAUAUCCGUACUAAAUAUCUUGAAUCUUUCUUGCGUUGCACCUGUCAGGGAAUUACCGAUUCCAUUCCCGUGGUACGCAAUGCUGCACUGUUUGCUCUUGGACAGUUUUCUGAACAUUUACAACCUGACAUUUCCCAAUAUUCAUCUGAAUUAUUACCGGUGUUAUUCGAAUAUCUUGGUCAAAUAUGUGCUCAUAUUAAGCAAGAAAAGAAAGAGCCGCCUUCGGUUGAUCGUAUGUUUUAUGCGCUGGAAAUGUUCUGUGAAAACUUGAAUGAAAGUCUUCUGCCAUAUUUACCAACUUUGAUGGAAAGACUUUUUGAAAUUCUAAGUGCAGAUACUCCUGUUCAUGUUAGAGAACUUUCUUUAAGCGCUAUAGGUUCGGCUGCCAUGGCAAGUAAAGAGAACAUGUUGCCAUACUUUGAAAGAAUUGUUUCCAUUCUUGAUAGUUAUCUUUCGGAAAAACAGUCAGAAGAAACCAUGUGUCUUCAAGUACAAGCAGUUGAUACUCUUGGAGUAAUUGCAAGAACGAUAGGUGAUAAAAAUUUUGCACCUUUGGCUGGUAGGUCUCUUAAUUUUGGAAUGAAAUUAUUGAAAGAAACCGAAGAUCCAGAUUUGAAAAAGUCUAUUUACGGAUUGUUUGCUUCGAUUAGUACUAUAAUGAAAAAGGAAAUUGCAGCUGCUCUUCCAGAAAUCGUUGACUACAUGAUAACAAGCAUACAAAGUUCAGAAGGCAUAGUACCUCACUUUAAAGAGGAUGAAACCUCUGCUUUUCCCGUUUAUGAAGAUCUUAGUGAAAAUGAAAAUGAAAAUGACGAAGAAGAUAUUGAAAAUACAGAUAACGAAGAUGACGACGAUGACGACGACGUCGCGGGUUAUAGUGUUGAGAAUGCAUACAUUGAAGAAAAAGAAGAAGCAAUUUUAGCGUUGAAAGAAAUCGCAGAGCAUACAGAGGAAGCAUUUCUGCCGUAUCUUGAAAAAUCUUUUGAAGAAACAUUCAAAUUAAUUAAUUAUCCACAAGAAGAUAUUCGCAAAGCUGUGAUCGAUGCUAUUCUACAAUUUUGCAUUAAUUUCUCAAAAAUUAAUACUAACGAAGGAAAAGAGGCUUUAUUGAAAGCUCUUUCUGUAUUUAUUCCAAAACUGUCAGAAUUAAUAAGAUUAGGGGACGAACGAACAGUAGCUAUUAGCGGUUUAGAUGCUUACACAGAGCUUUUGAAAGAAAUAAAAUCAGAUGUUCUUGUUGGAGAAGGUCAUAAAGAUGCUAUUAUGAAUUGUGUUACAGACGUAAUGUCAGGUAAGACGGAAUGUCAAGAUCAGGAGGAAGCAGAAGAUGUUGACACUGAAGCUGAGCAAGAUGAAUUACUAAUUGAAUGUGCCGGUGAUGUGCUAUCUAAUUUCGGAAAAAUAAUCCCUCCAGAAGAUUUUGCACUUUAUUUCCAAACUGUCCUGCCGAUGCUUUUAGAAAGAUUGAAAAAAAAUAAAUCUGAAGCCCAAAGAUCUUUUGCAGUUGGUACAAUUUCAGAAUGUUUCUCAGGGCUUAAACAUACGGUAGCCGCAUUCAUUCCUCAGUUGCUUCCUACAUUUUUGAGGCUUACAGAUGAUCCAAGUGCUGAAGUUCGUAAUAAUGCGAUCUAUGGAAUUGGUGAACUUGCAUUACAUGGAAAAGAUGCAGUUUAUUCACAUUACCCUGAUAUUUUACAAGUUUUAUCAGGUGCGAUUGCUAAGGAAUCUCACGCAGGAGCUCGUGAUAAUGUAGUCGGUGCAAUUGCGCGACUUAUCAUCGCUAAUUAUUCUAAUUUGCCUCUUGAUCAAGUAUUCCCAGUUUUUGUUAAUCAGUUACCGUUAAAAGAAGAUUUUGAAGAGAACAAGGCAGUGUUUAGAAGCAUACUAACAUUGUAUCAAGCCGGUCAUUCUAUCUUACAACCUCAUAUGCAAGUAUUACUGAAGGUAGCUAUUAGCGUGUUACACGAGGAGAGAGCUACCGAUGAUGAGGCAAAGAAUUUUGUUAUGGAAUUUAGCAAAUCCGCUCAGCGAGAUUUCCCAAAUGAAUGGAAUGCUGCAUACGCCGAGCUCCCGGUAGAAGUUGCAACGAAAAUUCAACGUACAUUUUGUUAGAUUUCGAAACGAAUUCGAAAACAACGAUUUUUUAUUGGUUUGCUUUGCAUAUAAUGUGCAGACUGAUGGGUGAAGAUAUUGUUAUCUUAAAAGAAAGUGAUCAACGAAACGUGUCUCGUAAAGUUAUAUGAAAAAUAUUGAGAUUUUCACCACUAGUUACAAUAGUUUACAAUUUUAUACCAUAUGUCCAAUAUCGAAGAGUUCUCAUAAUGAUGGAAAUCUUGUUGUACGUUUAAGAUGUAUAAUACCAGACAUUUGACUAAGUGCAAUUAAUCAAACAGAACAGUGUAUUCCGUUUAAGCCUAUUUUUGGUACUCACAUUUCACAAAACUACAUAAUGAUUUCAUGGUGGGAACAUAUAUUUAUGAGGUGCUAUGUAUACUGAUUAGACAAUCCAUUAUAUUCUAGUCUGUUGAUUCUCUCUCUUUUUUUUUUUUUUUUUUUUUUUUAACAAACUUAUAGUAUUUUGAAAUAUUUUAGUUAUUUCAGCCAGCACAGUUAUGAAGAUUAAUAUUGCAACCAAUGAUGGAAACCGGAAAUUUCAAAAUCUAAUAGAUAUACAGUAGGCGUUAAAGAAAUCUUAUAUGGAAUAGCAAACAUUUUGACAAAUAGGUUUUAUGUUUAUUUGUAUCCCAUAAUGUUAUGUGUAGCAUGAAGUAUCGCAUGUAUACAUUGAAGAUAAACGUAAUAUUUGAAAAAUAAAA